AUGGGCCGCAUUCAGGAAGUGGGCUGGGUGACUGCAGGACUGGUGAUCUGGGCUGGCACCUGUUACUACAUUUACAGAUUAACCAAGGGAAGAGCCCAGAGUGUGAGGAGGUUGACCAGAAAUGGGUCCAGAGUCAAGAUGGAGCCUGUGGUUGAGGUACAGAACCAGACUUUGGCCAUGAGUGACACCAUGGCUAUGGUAGAGAUUGAGACUAUACCCAAGGCCAAGAUUGGAGCAGGAACUGGAGCAAGAGGGGAGACUAGGGCUGAAGUAGCCCUAGUCACUGCUAAAGUCAGACCCAAGGCCAACUCCCAGGCCAAGGCAAUGACUGAGGCAGAGGCCAAGGCAGAAGCAGAGCCUAAAUCUGAGGCCAAAGCAGCUGUUGGAACAGUAGUGAAGACAGAGGCAAUGACUCUGACUGGGGCCAAGGCCAAAGCCAGGGAAAUUUCCAAGAAAGAGGCAAUGACUCAAACUGAAGUAGAAGCUGAGAGAGUAGUAAAGAAAGAGGCAAUGACCCAGACCAAGGCUAAAGCUUGGGCACUGGCUGCCAGGGCAGAGGCCAAGAAAGAAGCAAUGACCCAGACCAAAGCUGACACUUGUACAUUGGUUUUAAAAGAGACAGAUGUUAAAAGAGUAAUGGUGACACAGACUGAGGUCUUGGCAGUGACCAAGGAAAUAGCCAAGAUGGGAGCCUUGAACAAGAUUGGAGAUGUGGCUGAAACCAAAGCAAGAACCAUGGAAGAGACUAUGAGUGUAACCAAGGCUCAAUCUGAGGGCAGGCCUGGUGCCACAGUUGAGGCUAAGGGAGACCUUAAUGUCAUGUCUUGGGUAGUGGCUAGAGUGGACAUGAGGUCUUGUGCACAGUCUCAGGCUGUGGACAAGAUCCAAGUUGAGGCUACGUCUGGUGCCAAGGUUGAUGACAGGGGAAAUAUCAAUGUUAUAUCUAGGGCAAUGGCUGGAGUUGACAUGAAAGCUGCUGUUCAGCCUCAAGCUGUUGGUGGUACUCAGGCUGAGGCCAUGCUUGAUGCCAUGGUUAAAGCUAGAGGCAAACCCAAGGCUGCAUCUAAAUCUGGGACCAGGGCAAACCUGAAGGCCAGUGCCCAGGCUGAGACCUUGCCUGAUGCCAGGGUUAAGGCUAGAGGCAAUCCCAAUACCAUGGCUAAGGCAGAGGCUGAGAUAGACAUAUCCUGUAAACAGCCUCAGCCUUUGGCUAAUGGCCAGGCUGAUGCCUUGUCUGAUGGCAGAACUAAAGCUAGGGCCAAUACUAGUACCACGUCUAAUGAAGGAGCUGGGACAGACAUGAAGACACAGCCCCAGGCUACAACUAAGAGCCAGGUUGAGGGUUUAUCUAAUGCUAAACGUAAGGCUAAGGGCAAAGCCAAUGGCAAGUGUAAGGCAAAAGUUGGGGCAGACAUGAAAGCCUUUGCACAGCUUCAGGCUGGGAACAAAACCCAGCCUGAGGCUGCAUCUGAUUUUAGGGUUGAUGGCAGGGGAGAUCCUAAUGCCAUUUCUAGGGUAGGGGCUAAGACAGCCAGUUCCCAGGCUGAGGACUUGCCUAAUGGUGGGAAUAAGACCAAGGGCAAUUGCAGUGUUGCGUCCAAGGCAGAGACUGGGGAAGGCAAAAGGGACUCUGCACAGCCUCAGACUGUGACCAGUUCCCAGGCUGACACCUUGCCUGGUGGCAAGAAAAAGGCCAGGGGCAAACACACUGCAGUGUCUAAGGCAGAGGCUGGGGCAGAUACAAGGGACUCUGUCCAGCCUCAGACUGUGGCCACUUGCCAAGUGGAGGCCUUGUCUGGUGCCAGAAAUAAGGCCGGGAGUAAUGCCAAUGUCGUGUCUAAGGCAGAGGCUGGGACAGAUACAAGGGACUCUGUCCAGCCUCAGACUGUGGCCAGUUCCCAGGUUGAAGCCUUGCCUGGUGGCAGGAAUAAGGCCAGGGGCAAUCCUAAUGCUGCGUCUAAGGCAGAGGCUGGGGCAGAUACAAGGGACUCUGUCCAGCCUCUGACUGUGGCCAGUUCCCAAGUGGAGGCCUUAUCUGGUGCCAGGAGUAAGGUCAGGGGCAAUUCCAAUGCUGUGUCUAAGGCAGAGGCCAAGGCUAAUACAAAGGACUUCGUCCAGCCUCACACUGUGACUAAUUCCCAGAUCGAAGCCUUGACUGGUGCCAGAAAUAAGGUCAGGGGCAAUCCCAAUGCUCUGUCUAAGGUGGGGGUUGGGGCAGAUACAAGAGACUCUGCCCAACCUCAGACUGUGGCCAGUUCCCAGGCUGAGCUCUUGCCUGGUGCAAGGGACAAGGUUAUGCCCAGGUCUGAGGCAGAAGUCACAGCAGAUGUUGAGGUCUGUGCAAAUCCUGAGGCUGAGUCCAUGCCAGUUUCUGAGAGUGAGGUUGGGGCAGGCAUUCAGGCCCACAGAAAAACUCACCAUAAGGUCCACCACUGUUACUGGAAUGGGAUUGGUAUUGAGGAUUGGAUUGCUGCUGAGCGGUGGGUCAAAUUUAGGUUUCAGGCAAGGGAUGGAUACUGGGAGAAUAGCAUGUCCUGGGCUGAGGAUGAGAAUGAAGUCAGUAUUGAGUCUUGGAGUGGGGCUAAUGAUGAGGCUGGUAUUAAUAGGUCCUGGGCUGGUGCUGGGGCUAGGGCUGAAAAUGAGGUUAGUAUUGAAUCCUGGGCUGGAGCUGGGAACCAGAUCAGUGAAGGUUCCUGGGUCAUUGAGUCUGGGAACAAGGCCAAUGGUGGGCCCUGGGCUGAGGAUCAGGCCAGUGAAAGGUCCUGGUCUGAGAUAAAGGCCAGUGGGAGUUCCUGGUCUGGGGCUGGGAAUAAGGCUGCUGGAGAGCUCUGGACUGGUACUGAGGAUCAGACCAGUGGGGAGUCUUGGGCUGGGAAAAAGGCCAUUAGAGCAUCCUGGACUGGGGCUGAAAACCAGGCAAGUGGGGGUUCCUGGGUUGGGGCUGAGGAUCAUGCUGGUGGUGAGUCCAAGCCUAUAUUUGAGGAUAAGACCAGUGGAGUAGGAUCCUGGGCUAGGGCUGGUGGCCAGGAUGGUGGAGAACACAAGUUGGGGCCAGAGGACCAGUCUAGGGGUGAGUCCUGGUUUGAGGCUGAAGAACAGGCCAAUGGAAGGUCCUGGGAUGGGGCUGGGAUUGAGUCUAGUGAAGGGUCCUGGGCUAAGGCUGAGGACCAAGCCAGUGGAAAGUACUUUUCUGAAUCUGGGGACCACGCUGGUGAAGGGUCCAGGCUGGUGCCCAAGGACCAGUCCAAUGGAUGGUUCUGUGCUUGUACUGGAAAUCAGGCCAGUAGAGCAGAAUCCUGGGCUGGAACUGGUGGCCAGGCUAGUGGAGGAUCCAUGCUGGGGCCAGAAGACCAGUCCAGGGAUGGAUCCUGGGCUGUCACUGGGAACCAGGUCAGUGGAGAAUCCUGGGUUGGGGCAGAGGAUCAGGAUGGUAGCUGUUCCAAACCUGUAUUUGAGGAUAAGGCCACUGGAAGAGGGUCUUGGACUGGGUCUAGGCCUGUUAAUGGGGCUGGUAGAGGGUCUAGACUGGGGCCUGAAGAUCAGGCCAGUGGAGGGUCUUGGACUAAGGCUGAGGACCAAGCUAGUGGAAGGUACUUGUCUGAGGCUCUAGACCAGUCCAGUGGAGGGUCCUGGGCUUACACUGAGGACCAGGCUGGUGAAGGGUCUAGGCCAGGGCCCUCAGAUCAGUCUAGUGGUGAGUCCUGGCCUGGUAUAGUGAUUCAGGCCACUGGAUCCUGGAUUGGGGCAGGAGAUCAGGAUGGUGACUGCUCCAAACCUGAAUUUGAGGAUCAGGCCAGUGGAGGUGGGUCCUGGGUUGAGUCUAGGCCUGUGAAUGGAGUCAGUGGAAGGUUUAGCCUGGGGCCUGAGGACCAGGCCAGUGGGGGGUCUAGUCUGGGGCCUGAGGACCAGGCCAGUGCAAAGUACCUGUCUGAGGCUCUAGGCCAGUCCAGUGGAGGGUCUUGGGCUUACACUGAAGACCAGGCUGGUGAAAGGUCUAAGCCAGGGCCCUCAGACCAGUCUAGUGGUGGAUACUGGGCUGGUACAUUUAAUCAGGCCAAGGGAUCCUGGAUUAGGGCAAGGGAUCAGGCUGGUGACUGCUCCAAACCUGGAUUUGAGGAUCAGGCCAGUGGAAGUGGAUCACGGGCUGGGUCUAGGCCUGGGAAUGGAGCCAAUGGAGGGUCUAAUCUGGGGCCUGAAGAUCAGGCCAGUGGAGGGUCUUGGACUAAGGCUGAGGACCAGGCCAGUGGCAGGUACUUGUCUGAGUCUGUAGACCAGUCCAGUGGAGGGUCCUGGGCUUACACUGAGGACCAGGCUGGUGAAGGGUCUAGGUCAGGGCCCAUGGACCAGUCUGGUGGUGGGCCCUGGGAUGGUAUAUUAAAUCAGGCCAGGGGAUCCUGGAUCGGGACAAGAGACCAGGCUGGUGACUGCUCCAAACCUGGAUCUGAGGAUCAGGCCAGUGGAAGUGGAUCCUGGGUUGAAGAGGACCAAGUUGGUGAAGGGUCUAGGCCAGGGCCCUCAGACAAGUCUAGUGGUGGAUUCUGGGCUGGUACAUUUAAUCAGGCCAAGGGAUCCUGGAUUAGAGCAAGGGAUCAGGCUGGUGACUGCUCCAAACCUAGAUUUGAGGAUCAGGCCAGUGGAGGUGGAUCCUGGGCUGAGUCUAGGCCUGGGAAUGGAGCCAGUGCCAGUGAAGGGUAUAGUCUGGGACCGGAGGACCAGGCCAGUGGAGGGUCUAGGCUAUGGCUUGAAGACCAGGCCAGUGGAGGAUCUUGGACUAGAGCUGAGGACCAGGCCAGUGGAGAGUCCCCAGUCAGGGCUGUGGUGAGUGCUAACAAAGGAUCCUGGUUUGGAGCUGUAAAUGAAACUGGUAUAGGGUCUUGGUUCUGGGAAGGGGAAGAAGCCAGUACUGUGUCUGGCCCUGGAGGUAAGGAAGCCAGUGUCAAAUCCCAAUCAGGGAUUGGGAAAGAGACCGUCAUUAGUUCCAGGUUUGGGGUUGAGGACAAGACCAGUACUGGGUCCUGGAUACAAUCUGAUGAGGCAGCCUAUAUGGAUUCCUGUGCAGGGGCCAAAGCUGGGGCUGAAGCCAGCAUGGAGUCUUGGUUUUGGGAUGGAGAUGCAACCACUAAAGGGUCUAGUCUUGGGGCUGAGAGAAAGCCUGGCCUAGGGUACUUGAAUUUGGCUGGGGAUGUAGAUGAAGAUGAGCUAAGUAUAAGGUCCAUCCCUGACAUUGAGGAGAUCAGUUUAAGGUCCAUGUUUUGGGCUGAGAGAGAGGACAGUAUUGAGUUCAGAUCGAAGAUUGGGAAAUAUGUCAAAUUUGAGUGUGGGGCUGGAGAUAAGGCCAGAAUCAAGGAUAAGCCUGAGGCUGUUGGUGAAGUUAGUGUAAGAUCUUGUUUUGCUGAUAAUGAAGCCAGAAGCCAAGGCAAAUAUAAACCCAAGGCUCAAGCCGAAAGGUCAACUGAGUCUAGAGGCAUAUAUUCAUCCAUGGUUCCUGGGGCAAGAAUGGGGUCAUGGGCUAGAGCCAUGAUCUGGACAGAAAUGAAGUUUCCAUACCAAAAUGAGUCCUUCUUCCCACCUGAAGAUGAGCUCAGAAAGCAGAUCAGGGCUGGGGAGAAGAUUCGGCCCUGGGCCUGCCGCUGUAAACGUGAAGCUAAUAUGGAUCCUCGAGAGCUUGAAAAACUCAUUUGCAUGAUUGAGAUGACUGAGGAUCCUUCCAUUCAUGAAAUAGCCAAUAAUGCCCUUUUUAAUAGCUCUAAUUAUCCCCAUUCCCAAGAAGUAGUUCGUAAUGUAGGUAAAAUCUCAAUUAUUGAAAGCUUGCUCAGUAAUCCUUACCCUAGUGUUAGGCAGAGGGCAUUAAAUGCACUAAAUAACAUCUCAGUGGCUGCUGAAAAUCAUAGGAAGGUUAAAACAUACAUAAACCAAGUAUGUGAAGACACUGUUACCUAUCCUGUGAAUUCGAGUGUGCAGCUAGCUGGACUAAGAUUGAUAAAGCAACUGACUGUUACUAGUGAAUAUCAGCAUAUGGUUACAAAUUAUAUUUCAGAAUUUCUUCGUUUGUUAACUGUGGGAAGUGGAGAAACUAAAGACCAUAUUUUGAAAAUGCUUUUGAAUUUCUCUAAAAAUCCAUCUAUGACAAAAGACUUGCUCAUUGCCAAUGCACCAACAUCACUGAUUAACAUCUUUAGCAAGAAAGAGACAAAAGAAAAUAUUCUUAAUGCUCUUUCACUAUUUGAAAAUAUAAAUUACUAUUUUAAAAAAAGAGCAAAAGUAUUUACCCAGGACAAGUUCAAUAAAAAUUCUCUUUACUUCAUAUUCCAACGACCUAAAGUAUGUGCCAAGAAACUUCGAGUCUUAGCAGCAGAAUACAAUGACCCUGAGGUGAAAGAAAAAGUUGAGUUAUUAAUAAGCAAACUCUGA